AUGCCUCUCGACGGAGUCAAGAAUGUUGUGCUGGUCCUCUCCGGCAAAGGCGGCGUCGGCAAAUCCAGCGUAACGCUACAACUCGCCCUGGCGCUCACCCUUCAAGGCAAAUCCGUCGGUAUACUAGACAUCGAUCUCACCGGCCCCUCAAUCCCCCGUCUAGUCGGUCUCGAGGACGCAAAAAUAACCCAAGCGCCGGGCGGUUGGCUUCCUGUCCCCGUUCACCCAUCCACUAUCACCUCCACCUCCUCCUCACAACCAGACUCCACCACCACCACCACCACCACCACCACAACGACAACAGAAAGCACCAUCAAGCACGGCUCCCUUCGAUGCAUGUCCCUCGGCUUCCUGCUCCGAUCCCGCUCAGAUGCCGUAAUCUGGCGGGGGCCCAAAAAGACCGCCAUGAUCCGGCAAUUCCUCUCGGAUGUACUAUGGAAUGAAACGGAUUACUUGCUUAUUGAUACGCCUCCCGGAACGAGUGAUGAGCAUAUUGCUCUUGCGGAGCAGCUUUUGACGCUUUGUACGAUUGAUGCUUCUUCGUCUGCGAGUGGAUUGCCUCGGCUUGCUGGCGCGGUGCUGGUUACUACGCCGCAGGCGGUGGCCACGUCUGAUGUACGGAAAGAGGUGAAUUUCUGUGUGAAGACGAGGAUUCCGAUGUUGGGCGUGGUGGAGAAUAUGUCCGGGUAUACGUGUCCGUGUUGUGGGGAGGUGACGAAUUUGUUUUCGAGUGGUGGGGGGCAGGUUUUGGCGGAGGAGAUGGGGGUGAGGUUUCUGGGGAAGGUGCCGGUUGAUGUUGGGUUUGGGGAGUUGGUGGAGGGGAAGGUUGGUGGGGAGGAGGAGGAGGAUAGUGAGGAUGAGGAUGAGGGGGAAAGUGCUGGGAAGGUAGAUGGGGAGAAGAAGGAGGAGGAAGAGAGGGAUGAGAGGCCGCUGGUGGAGAGGUAUCGGGAGUGUUGGUCGUACGCGCGGUUCGAGGAGUUUUCGAAGACGUUGAUUGCGGAGAUUGAGGGGUGA